AUGGACGCCGUCUCCAGAUCUGUCGGCGGCUUGCUGGAGGCGAACGUGUUCACCGAGGAAGUAUCCUCGGCCUCUAGCUCGCAUGGCUCCAACCUCACCGCCGAGCGGAAAAGGCGGUCAGGGCUUCGCCGGCGCAGAUACCUGAUCACGCACGAGGUGGCAUGCCUUGUGGCUAUCAAAUACCUGGCCAGCGGCAUGACGUUUCGAGACCUGUCGGCAGUCUUCGGCCUGUCCAAGACGCUGUGCCACACGCUGGUAGAUGCGCUCCUCAUGCACUUCCCGACGGCCUUCAAGCAGCAGUGGGUCCACUUCCCGACCCGUGACGACCUUGAUGAGAUGGCGGAGGAGUUCCGCGCCAUCAAGGGAGUCCCUGCGGUGGUGGGGGCUAUAGACGGCACACACAUACACAUGAAGGGGAUGGAGGGGCACAGGCAAGAGUACUACACGCGCAAGUCAUGCUACGCCGUGCAGCUGCAGAUCACAUGCGAUGCUCGAGGCAUCAUUUGGGACUACUUGGUCGGAUACCCGGGCAGUGCACACGAUCAGAGGGUGUUCAUGAAACGCGCGUUACACGAAAGGUUGCACAACGACGACAUUGCGCCAUACCAAAUUGUGGGAGAUGCUGCCUACCCACUCAGGGACUUCUGCUUGACCCCCUACAUGCACCCCGUGAAGGCCUAA